AUGGCCGACCCGGCAAAGAAGAGGAGCAACCCCGCCACUUCGAGAGGAGGAGAGAGCCACACACGUGGUGCGAAGGCACCGCGUUUAGCCACCCGCGAUGGCCCUACCGAAGGUAGGGGCGGAAAACCUAGAAGUCCGCCAGCGGGUGGCAACAAGACUGCCAGCGGCCCUCUAGCUGCUGGAACCAGUAAGGCAGGCCCAAGUAACCUAUCCCCAAAAACAGGAGCCAGUGAUGCGGCCAACCUGGGGCCUGCCAAACAGACAAGAUACAAUUGUGAGGACUGCGGGAAGGCGUUCUACACCAAGAAUGGACUUACAAGACACAGACCCGCGUGUGGCACCGUAGAGCGGACCAAAUGCCAGUACUGCGGGUCGGAGUUUUCAUCUUUUACUGGCGUGCGACUGCAUGAGCACAGGGCACACGCCGCUGCAGUUAAUGACGAGAAGAGGGAGAGGCUGAAAAGGCCGGAAUCUGAACUGAUGCAGAUAAUGGCGAGAAUAGAAGCUGCCACUAUAAAGGGGCAACCCUUUAUAGACAGGAUGGUUUCAGAUACCGGCCUUACUCGCGACCAAGUGCGGCACAGAAGAAACAAACCCGUUUACAAGGAGUACCUCUGUGCCGCCAAAGAGAUCCAAACAAACAAUCUCCCUUUCCCUCGGCCUGUGCCCUCGGCUGGUGCAGCGCGCGCCAGUGCCCAUGUGGAAACUCCUAACAUCGAGGUGAAUCAGUCCACACUGAGACAACUGCGGAGCAAUCUCCGCAGGAUAUUACCAACAAAGAGGACAGCGAAGACGACGGAGACGGUAAGACACCUAGAGCACAUAUUGUUGUUACACCAAUUUUGCAGAACGGCGGUACGAAGCGACAACGUAAUGAGUCGAUGUCGCCUCUCAUGCAGCCGACGCCUAGAAGGGCGCGAUGCGAUCACGACCUCACUCCCCCCCAUGCACAGCCCAAGACCCAGGUUACUGUUAACCACCAGCUGCGCAGCUAUCUCGUCACUGAGCGGGAGGCUGCGGCAGCUGACGGCCUGGGUCAUGUUGUGGGAGCUGUGCAAUGCGGGUCUCGAGCUAGCCAACGUGCAGCUGGGCCCCUAUAUCGAUGACUGGAUUAAAAAGCACUUUCCAGAACAGCGGGGUGGUAAGAAGGGGGAGAAGAAGGGGAACAAACCCCCUCAGAGAAACUACGCCCAAAUAACAACAGGGCGGGGUCCUAGGGCAGAAGGUUUCAAAAAAGCCCAGGACCUCUUCAACAAAAACCGUAGCUCUCUAGCGGAGAAAAUUAUUUCUGGAACUCCGCUAGACGAGAAGGAAGUUACUCCCCCUAUUGACGAGGUCGAACGGUUGUAUCGCGGCAUCUUGGAGUCGCCUGCGCGAGAGGUGACAGACGUUCAUAACAAACCGCUGACGGAGGACACGAAAACGUUCCUGCCCUUCAGGCAGGACGAGAUUGAAAAUGCCAAAACGUCUUGGGGCAACUCGGCGCCUGGCGCCGACGGAAUUACAGUGUCCUCCGUGAAACGGGCCAACAACAGGGUGCUGUCCGUACUAUUCUCUAUAUUUUGA